ACAGCGAGUGAGAGAGGUUAUGUUUUUCAAGCGUUUGUUUAUUUGUAAAUAAAAAUUGAAUAUUUAUCUCUACAGUGCAUCCAUACUAUUAAAAACAUCAAAUUACACGAUGAAGGAAAAACGUAAGAAAGAAAAAAAACACAGUAAGAAACACAAACGAGACAAAGAAUCCCGUAACAAGAAACGACGAGAAAGCUCUUCCAGUUCUAGUGGUUCAGAAUCCGACGUAUGGGUUGAAAGUCUACCAACAGCUCCAAAGGGUCCGCCUCCAGAACGUGAAGACUGGAUGGCCAUGACAGGCAUGCUGAAAACAUACACAAAAGAGGAUGUUAAGCCUAAACGAGAGGAAAAAGAUAAAAAGCACAUAGAUUCAUACAAUCCAGCUACCAGCAGCCGAGAACUAAAUCCAUAUUGGAAAGAUGGAGGCACAGGGGUGCCUCAGACUCCUGAAGAAUUUAGAAAAUCAAGGCCAUUUGUAAAACCAGCUGAUAAUGAUGAUUACUAUAGAUCAUCACAGUCAAGCUCUUAUGUAAAAGCAACUAAUGAUAAAGAUGACUACAGGUCAUUGAAAUCAAGGUCUUUUAUAAGACCAAAUGAAGAUGAUGCUGGUUAUUACAAAUCAUCAAAAGCUCAGUCUUUUGUAAAGCCAAGUGAUGAUGACAAUUACUAUAGAUCUUCAGGUUCUAAAGAGUAUAGACCAAAUUCUGAGAGAAGUGACAGAGAUUAUCACAGCAGCAGCAGCAGUAGUAGAGACAAAAGGGUUUCUUAUGGCCAAAGAGGAUCAGGCAGCUGGAGGAGACAAUCUGAUAGUGAGAAAGUAAAGCAAUAUGAAGAAGAAUUGCAACCUUCACCACCACCUGUUGAAACUCCAGUAAAAGCAGAAAAGCCAAAAGAUUCCAAAUAUCUUAGUGAUGAAAAGAUGAAUAAAUUGGCUGCAAAACUUGUGAAAGCAGAAAUUAUGGGAGACACAAAAGUUGUGGAGGAUUUGAAAGCUAAGUUAGAAGCUGCUAGAGAGUAUAGGAAGCAAAACCCUGAUGCAGGUAAAGAAGAAGAAGAUGAUAGAGUCAUGUUGAUAGCAACUAACAGUGCUGGGAACAGUAGACCUCUCAUGAAAAGUGAGAAAGGAGAUCCAAGGAGUAAAGGAGGUAAAAGAAAAGCUGACACACAUGACGCUGGUCAAAGAAACAAAUACUUUGGAAAUGAUGACAAAUACAAUUUGGCACAAAUGUUCCAACAAGAAAAAUAUGGCAAUAAUUACGAUGAUGAGGCUCAACUGGCAAGAAUUGCAGCAAAGUCUAAGAACCCCAAUGAUGACCUUGAAGAUAUCUUUGUUGAUGAGAUAUCAAAGAACAGAAAUGAAGCGAAGGAUGCUGAAAAUGAAAAACAGAGAGCUAUCAACCAACAUGUAAAAAUGGAGAAGUCUCUAGAAGGAUGUGAAUAUUGUGUAGGCUCGAAGAAUAUGCUAAAGCAUCUCAUGGUGACCAUGGGGAACAAAAUUUACUUAGCAUUACCUGCAAAACAGUCUCUGGUAAAAGGUCACUGCAUUAUCACAACUAUACAACAUUCUACUUGUGUUACUUCACUGGAUGAAGAUGUUUGGGAUGAAAUAAUGAAUUUCAGAAGAGUUUUGACACAGUUCUUCAACUCCCAAAACCAAGAUGUUGUAUUCUUUGAGACUGCAACCAGAUUACACAAAUACCCACAUAUGGUCAUCAACUGUAUACCACUGCCCAGAGAUGUUGGUGAUAUGGCCUCAAUAUACUUCAAGAAGGCUCUUCUCGAAUGUGAAGCGGAGUGGUCUAUGAACAAAAAAGUAGUAGACUUGAAAGGAAAAAAUAUCAGGAAGGGCGUGCCCAAAGGGUUGCCAUACUUUUGGAUAGAUUUUGGUAUGGACCCAGGAUUUGCUCAUGUGAUAGAAGAUCAACAGCUGUUUCCCAGGAAUUUUGCUGAGGAAAUUAUUGGUGGAAUGUUAGAUUUGGACCAUCAGCUAUGGAAGAAUCCCCGCAAAGACUAUGGAGAUCUCCAGAGAAAGAAGGUCCUUGAGUUCCUUAAAGAAUGGAAACCCUUCGAUGAAAUGAUUCAAAAGAAAUAACAGGGAACUGUUACUGUGUUACGGAAAUAGUGGCGCGAUUCAGGCAAACACCUCCUAAUUUAAUUUCAUAGACUAUCUUUACCCACAUAUUAUUAUUAGAAAAAAGCAGGAUACAGAUAUAUUGCCUAGUGGGAAAGACACACAUCUCUUGUCUCUUUCCAAGAAAAGUAUGUAACAAGCUAUUAUAUAUUAUAGUCCAAUAGACUAGACAUUUCAAUAGUAUGCAACCCAUUUGACCUGAGCUGUGAGCUCAAUUUGGUUCAAGUUAUACAUGUGAACUUUCCUAAACCAUACUUCGAAUUCUAAGUAUAACUGACAUGUAUAUAGUAUAGUUGUUUUCCCCGAUUCUUUCCGAUGUAUUAGUAAGUAGCAGAUAACUUAGAAAUAAAUUUAGGGGUUUACUGGAACCCGCGCCCUAGAUUGUGUAUUGUAAUACCACAGAUCAUAUAAUACUAACGCAGAAUAUGGGCGGGCAUACAAACUUAUUCAACUAAUUUCUUCCCUGUAUUGGCAUUGGUAGCAAUAAGGGUACUUUCAGACUAGCAAUUUCUCUCAGCAGUUUGCUACUCUACUCUAGACCCAGAUUGCUUUUUUAUACAUAGCGAAUUAUUCAAUUGAUGACAUAAACAUAAAAGUCAAUUGCAACAUAACAGUAGAAGUACUACUGGCAACCUUGUUGCUAAACAGCAAUUUCUUCCAGGCAACCAAACCAGCCAGGCAGAUAAUUAUUCUU